CCGGAUACGGAACACAGCCCUCGAACACGGAAAGACGAAAAGAUGACAUAGGUUUCUGGGAAUGCAUCAUGUAUUCCGACGAGUCGGUCUCUACGCUUCUCCUUUCCACGUAAUAAAGACCGCGCACUCCAUCUUCUGGCGCACAAUGGCUUCGCAAAGCGGCAGAACGUACAACGACGCCAUUGACGCCCUCAACUCCCUACAGACCCCGUAUGCCAUAGUCGAGGCUCGCCGGAAGGCCGGCAUACGACCCGAUGCCGGUUCCAUUGCUGAAAUGCGCGCCUAUCUGCAGCGCAUCGGCUACGCACCCUCUGACCUCGACCGGUUGAACGUCCUACACGUCGCGGGAACAAAGGGCAAAGGGAGCACAUGCGCAUUCGCCGCCUCGAUACUCUCGCAAUACCAAAAGUCGCAUGGCGUGCCGCGCAAGAUUGGAUUGUUCACCAGCCCGCACUUAAUUGCUGUGCGGGAGCGAAUCAAGAUCAAUGGUGCGUCGGUCAGCGAGGAUAUCUUUGCGCGCUAUUUCUUCGAGGUCUGGGAUAAGCUAGGAGAGGCAGAGGCAAACGAAGGUCCGAAGGUUCUGGACCAGAAACUUGGCAUUCCGAUGCCUCCGAGACCUGUCUACUCUCGAUAUCUCACCUUAAUGAGCUACCACUUAUUCCUCCAGGAGGGCAUCGAUGUCGCUGUGUACGAAACAGGAAUCGGUGGCGAGUUCGAUGCUACGAAUAUCGUGGAGCACCCAGUCGCAUCUGGUAUUAGUACGCUCGCCAUAGAUCACGUCUUUGCGCUUGGAGAUACGGUGGAGAAGAUCGCUUGGCAUAAGGCUGGUAUCAUGAAAAAGGGCAGUGCUGCUUUCACAAUUGAGCAGGUACCCGAAGCUGCCCAGGUCCUCCAGGAUAGAGCCAAGGAAAAGGGGAUGACCCUAAAGGUCCUAGAAGUCGACCCCAGACUAAAAGGUGUCAAUGUUCGACCGGAUGCGCUGUUCCAGAAGAAGAACGCCAGCUUGGGAAUAGCUCUCGCAGAGACAGCAUUGAGGAAACUUGAUCCCAGCUUCACAUUAGAUCCGUCUACGCUAAGUAAAGAAUUCGUCGACGGCAUUGAGCAAGUCGUUUGGAGAGGGCGAUGUGAGGUUAAGGUCGAAGAUCGCAUAAUCUGGCAUGUGGACGGAGCGCAUACUGUCGACAGUCUGAAAAUGGCAACGAGGUGGUUCGCGAGCGAAUGUGCGAACAGGACUGGUCCGAAGGUAAUGAUAUUUAAUCAACAGGGACGAGACGAGGCCGUCAACUUCCUUGGAGGUAUGCUAUCUGCGAUCAGGGCUCAAGGACAAGGGGGAUUCGAGCACGUCGUGUUCUGUUCGAACGUAACGUACGCUGCCACAGGUUACAAGCGCGACUUCGUGAACCACCAAUACGAUCCUGUGGCGAUCAAGGCACUUACCGCACAGCACGCUUUCGCAGAGAAAUGGACCUCGUUAGACCCGUCCGCAAAGGUUGUCGUCAUACCGACGAUCGAAGAAGCGAUAAACUACGUUAGGGAUCUCAGCAAGACUUUAUCAAAAGAAGGGGAGACGGUCCAGGCUUUCAUCGCGGGUAGCUUGCAUCUAGUGGGGGGCGCUUUAGCUAUACUAGAAGGCGCAGAUGCCCUAUAACCGGCAACGGUUCAAGAUUUCUAUAGUCAUCAUGUUUAUAAACUACUAGGUUGGUGGGAAUGGGUUUGCAUUCAACGAGGAAAAAUACCCUGGUUUAACGGGUCAGGAUCUACGGCGGCUCAACCCGUACUUACAAUAGAAAUAAUGAUUUUUCUCAUCC